ACAAUAAAUUCUAGGUCUUACUAAUUUUAAUUGACCUUAUCUUGACGUUAUAUUAUAGAUUUAACGUAUAGAAUUUGAAAAGGACCAAUUUUAAGGGGGAAUUAAUUUGUUGUAUAAAUAUGCCAAAAUUCUACUGCGAAUAUUGUAGUAUAUAUCUCACCCAUAGCUCCCCAGCUGGCAGAAAACAACACUCACAAGGACGCAAGCAUAUAAAUGCCAAGGUCGACUACUAUCAGAAAUUGGUACGUGAACGGUUCUUUCAACCACCGCCAAUGGUAAAUCUUCAAGUUGGUGUCCCAGGAGUAUUUCCUCAAAUAAUGCCCGUGAUGCCACCUGGAAUUCCGGUCCAGCGUCCAAUGAUAUCUCCACCGGUACAACCUCCGAUGGGUAUUCCAUUUGAACAUCCACAAGGACUCACAAUCGCACCACCAGCGCCAGCCGGAAAACCACCCAUACAUAGCAUACCAGGACCUGAAUCGCAACAAAAUAAACAAAUUGGAACAUUUCCACCGCAAAUUAAUAGAUGAUCGCACUCAUACCCAGUCGAUAGAUCAUAAUUUUUAUAAAUAAUUUUUUCCUGAAAAAAAGCUUAAUCACAUCAUUAAUAUG